GCUGGCGUGGAGCACAUGCUUGUGGUGUGCUGUUUGUCUGAGUGAAGCUGGCAUGGUUUCCCACUCCUCUGCAUCUGUUCCCCAUUAGCAAAGCCGAGCCGAGAGUAUAAAGCAGGGAGCUGACAGAGGCUGGGAGCAGUCUAGUUCCUGCCUGGAUCAUGGGGUUUAGCAUGUGGCUGUGUGUGCUGUGCCUGCAGGCGAGCCUGUUGUCACACGCCGAGGCGAGUCAGGGAGAGGCGUGUGUCGGUGGACGGACCGCAGACAGACAGCUCUGUGGAAAAAGAGAGCCAAGACCUCUACCGCUGGAUGAACGGCUGGAUUUGGUCAGACGUAAGAGGCAGCUGGAGCGGAGGGGUCCCACCCACCUGAGUCACUCCAGCCUACCAGGAGCAUUCUCUGUUAAGGGCUUCCCUAACACUCUCAUUCAGGCCGAUAGGUCCAGAAGACACUUGACUCCAGCAGUGACUAAGAAAAACAGAAGACCUCGCCCCGGCACCUUCUCCCUUCUUAGCUUUGACAGAAAAGACAACCCCCUACAGGUGACCAGAGUGAGGAGACAGGUGAAGCUCGAUCCACCCAAAAGAGGGAAGUCGGGACGUUCUGGAGCCUUCUCUGUCUUGGGAGAUCCUACAAUUGACGAGCAAACUGACAGACCCCAAAACGGCAUGUAGAGGAGCUGCAGAAUGUGAUACAUUUGUAAAUCUUUAUUUAGGGGUUCGUUUUAUUUGUCAGCCGUGAUUAUUUUACCAGUGAGGUAGCUUUCGUCAGCUUUUCUAUAAAGCUUUACUAGAAUAUAUGUACUUUGUUCUAAUAUAUUCCUGCAUGUUGUCACAAUUACAAGUUGUAACCUAUUUAAUCACUGAUUUCUUUUGAAUAUAUUUGAGGUAUAUUUUUGCAGAACUGUUUCUAUUGCUGCUGUAUCAGCUUUGAAUAAAUGUUUAGAGAAAAACAA